AUGUUGAACGCGGCCAUUUAUGAACGAACACAAAUUUUGAUAGGGGAUGAAGGGGUGCGCAAACUGCAGGGGGUCAACGUCUUUUUGGCUGGCGUGGGUGGCGUGGGCGGCCACUGCGCGGAGGCGCUUGUGCGCGGCGGUGUGGGCCGCAUCACAAUUUGCGACCACGACGUUGUCUCUGCAAGCAAUAAGAACCGCCAGAUAGUCGCACUCAACAGCACAAUCGGCAAGAGCAAAGUGGAGGUGCUUGCGCAACGCCUGCAGGACAUAAACUCUCACUGCCGUGUGACAGCCCUCGACACCCUGUUGCUCCCAGAGGACGUGGAUGACAUAUUGACACGGCAGCGCUACGACUACGUGGUGGACUGCAUUGACAGCGUGGAGUGCAAAGUGGCCCUUCUUGCGUCAUCCGUGCGUCACGGUCUUCAGACCUUCUCCUCCUGUGGUGCAGGCGGUCGUCUCGACCCCUCACUUGUCUCUAUUGGCGACCUCUUUGAGACGGAGAACGAUGCCCUGGCAAGGUGCUGCCGCAACGAGUUGAGAAAGCAUGGCAUUGGUCCCGGCAAAAUCCUCGUUGUGUACAGUAAAGAAAAGGCUCGACGGCCAUUGGAGCCGCAGCGUCAGGAGUCAGGUGGGCGAGACCGCGCAAUAAACGGAACGAUUAGUUACAUGCCGCCGCUCUUUGGCCUGCUGCUUUCCGCUGCGGUUGUGCGGCAUGCCCUGGACCCGGUGGGAGCGCAGGAGGAGGCGAAGCGUCUUCUUAAGAGUGCGAAGAAGAAAUCUGCAAAAACGAAGAAGCGGCAGCGGUUGGAGCCGUGA